AUGACGAUUACAGCGACAGCAUGGAUGCAUCAUGCCAGUCUCCAAACUCCGUCACAACCCACAACUCGCUCAACUCGCUCAACUCUCCAAACUCCCUUAAACCCACAUCCCCCGUACCAACUUCUCAUUCCCCCUCCUUCAAUUCACUUUCGCCAACCCUCUCACCAUCCUCAUCGUCCGAUGCAUCCCGUCCAUGCGUCAUCGCAAUUCAUCAGCAUCGAAAAUUCUUUCCUCAAAGUCCAAAACUGUACCCUCGAAGCCGAAAUAACUCAGGCCCGCAUCACCAUCCAAGCCCUGAAGCAAGUCAUCCAAAGUAAAGAUGAAGCCUUGCGAAAAGCUCAAGAAGAAUAUCAGAUGGCCAUGUGGAGAAUUAAUCUAUUGGAAGCUCAUGUGAUGAAGAAAAGUGCUGCAAAAGAUGGUACUUUCAUAUUGAGGAGCGAGAGUGAAUGGGAGAAAAAGGUGCGCAACGAUGAAGAAAGUGAAAAACUCAAAAAAAUACGUGACAAGCAUAUGACCGAUGAAGACGAGUAUAGUGACUUGACUGGUUUGAGUAAUCAUAUUAAAUACUCGUCUGAUCGGACGGUGGUAGAUGACGAAAAGACCAACGAGAAGGACUAUGAAAUAGAGGUUGAUAUUCAAUAUAAACAAUCUGAUCUGCCUGAAACACAAGUGGAAAGUCGCAUGCACACGGCUACUUCAAGGAAAACACAGCGUGCGAUACAGCCUAACGAUUCAAACGGUCGUGCAAAGGCUAAAUCAAACAGAAGCAUGGAGUCUUACGAGUAUACGGGACAAUCUGGUUCUACGGUAAAGUCGGGACGAAUGAAGAGGAUCGGAGGGGGUAAAAUGAAAAAGAUUUUGGGAAUUUUAUCAAAAAAGAGACAAUAG